AUGGCUGUGAAGAAUGUUAUAAGCUUGAAGGCCUUGGUGGACAAGGGGAGCAACACAAUUAUCUUCGUAGAGUCUGAUAACGAUUUUAUUGAUGUUCUCUUGAGUUUCUUCACAAUACCAAUGGGAACAAUUGUCAGGCGUGCCCGUAAACAUUCAGUACCGCUGGAAAUAGGUUGCAUGAGCAAUUUGUUCGCCAGUGUUGCAAAUAUAGAUGUUCGGCAUUUCCAGACUGAAGCAUGUAAAGAGAUGUUGCUAUGUCCCCACAAUGGGGCUGAAUCUCAUUGCAAAAACCUCAAACUGAAAAUUGACAAUGAUGAGCCGACAGGAUGCAUGAAUCAGAAGUUCACACUGUCAGUUUCAUCCUCUGCUGAGCAAGGUGGGGGCAUCUUUGUUAAAGAAUCAGCUAGGUUCGUAAUUACUGAUGAUUUACAUGUGAUGUCCCCGUUAUCUGUGGCAAGCAAUCCUGUAUUUACAAAGCUUGGAGCCAUGAAUGAGAAUAGCACAACUGAACAACAGAAUUUGAAUAUAGGAGCUCAUGAGGUUUUGAACUUGCUUCUGCGCUCAUUAGUAUCAAAGAAACCUCUGUCCGAAACUAUACUGAAGCAUAAUCCUGUACCAAAUCCGAAUUUGAGCCUUUUGAAUCUGGAUCAACUAAUAUUGACACGUAUUGAAUCUCUACUGCUUGGAGACACGAUGAAUGAGGAAGAAGAAGAAGAAAAGAUUGUUGUUAAGCUGACAAUUAGCGUAUUGAAGAAUAUUGUUUGUUAUGCAGAAGCAGGGGAGGAUUUUGUUAAUUUGCUCUUCAGUUUUUUGACUGUUCCACUUGGUUUCAUAGUAAAGCAUAUGAGGGAUGCCUCUUUCAAAGGGUGCAUUGAUCAGUUGUACAAAUGUGUCAAAGAUCUUGAUGAGCAGCACUUGAAGUCAAAUUACCACAGGGAAAUUCUACUGAGUCCUAAGAUUUAUCCUGGUUUUUGCUACGAGCAUCGUCUUUUAGGAAUUGAGGAUGGCCCGGUGGCCUCAUAUUAUUAUGCAUAUUGGCUGGAUGGACGUUUGCGGGAUAUAUUGGCUACUGAUAAAACACUCAUUCCUUCUAACGCAGUGACACUUCCACUCAAAUUGAAGCAUGAUAAAAGUACUCAAGCGUAUUUGAAAGCAUCAACGGCGUUCAUGGUAACUGACAAGCUGAUCAUAAGGCCUGCAUCUCCUUUCUUUGGCUUUUCGAUUAUAAAUGAAUUGAAGGUACCUUUCACUGACAUAAAGGAGGAAACUGUUGAGGUUGGCAAGAAGGAGGCUUUGCGUCUUUUGGUGACUACUUUUCUUAGCGACUCUGCUCUAACCGAUGUCUUCAUUAGGCAGCUAAAUCAAGAAAAGUCUAUAAAGAGAGCUUGCUUAUCUAAUAAAUGA